AAAGGGAUAAAAGAAAAGGAAUUUGAAAGCUAGAGAGAGAAAGGCUGAGCUGAGCUGAGUUUGGGCGAUUCGAACCGCGGCUUUAAAUUCACCACCUCCAAUACAAAUCCCCAUUUGUCAGUCCCACUCUCACUUUCUUCGCCAUUUUAAGUCUUCUUCUCCGCACGCCUUUACACCUCCAUUCCGCCAUGGACGCCCAUUCCUCUUCCUUUUCAAGCUUUUCCGCCUACCUACGAGCCCUCUCUCUGAUCCCUUCCCGUCUUUCACGCCGGGCCUUCUCUGUCUCCACCUCCUUCGACGAAAUGACCAGUACACGGUACACUUCCGGUGUCCACAUGCAGAGGACUCUCCGCUGGUUUGACCUCGUCGGGUUUGGCCUUGGCGGGAUGAUCGGUGCUGGUGUCUUCGUCACUACGGGUCCGGCUACUCAGGAAGCCGGUCCCGCCAUUGUUCUCUCUUACGCCAUUGCUGGCCUCUGUGCGCUCUUAUCGGCUUUCUGCUACACCGAGUUUGCUGUUGAUAUGCCUGUUGCCGGUGGUGCUUUCAGUUACCUCCGCGUCACAUUCGGGGAAUUCGCUGCGUUUUUGACCGGUGCGAAUCUGAUAAUGGACUAUGUGAUGUCCAACGCCGCCGUCGCGAGGAGUUUCACUCAAUACCUAGGCGCCGCAAUCGGUAUCUCCUCCGCCAAAUGGAAACUCCUCAUUCCUGGACUCCCCAAGGGAUUCGAUCAAAUCGAUUUGGUCGCCGUCGCCGUUGUUCUAAUCAUCACAAUCAUCAUCUGCUACAGUACAAAACAGAGCUCGGUGUUGAACAUGACGCUGACGGCAAUACACAUUCUAUUCAUAGCUUUCGUGAUUGUAUUCGGAUUCUGUAAAGGCGAUUGGAAGAACUUCUCAGAACCAGGCGAUCCGAAGGACGAAUCCGGAUUCUUCCCUCACGGAGCGGCUGGCGUUUUUAAGGGCGCAUCUCUGGUUUACCUCAGCUACAUCGGCUACGACGCCGUAUCGACGAUGGCGGAGGAGGUUCGGAAUCCGGCGAAGGAUAUCCCAAUCGGCGUCUCCGGCUCCGUCGUGCUCGUCACCGUCCUCUACUGCCUAAUGGCGGCUUCAAUGAUCAAGCUCCUUCCCUACGAUAUGAUUCAGGCGGAGGCGCCGUUCGCGGCGGCGUUUGCGAGGUGGAAGUGGGUGUCGAACGUGAUCGGCGGUGGAGCAAGCUUCGGCAUAUUGACGUCCCUGUUGGUGGCUAUGAUGGGACAGGCUCGAUACAUGUGCGUCAUCGGACGGUCCAGAGUGGUCCCCGCCUGGUUCGCCGAGGUCCAUCCCAGAACCUCCACUCCUCUCAACGCCUCCGCCUUUCUUGGGGUCUUCACGGCUGCAAUCGCCCUUUUUGCUGACCUCGACGUUCUACUCAACUUCGUAUGCAUUGGUACACUCUUUGUCUUCUACAUGGUUGCCAACGCUGUCAUUUACCGACGAUACGUCGUGAUAGGAAGCACAAAUCCACGGCCAACACUAUCCUUCCUCUGCUCAUUCUCACUCACUGCCAUCAUAUUCACUCUCAUAUGGCACUUCGUAACACCAGGGAAGGCCAAAACCACCUUACUCAGCGUCACUGCUAUCAUCGCCAUCGCUAUCUCACUCAUCUUCCAUUGUGUCACACCUCAAGCAUGGAAGCCCCAACACUGGGGCGUUCCCUUGAUGCCAUGGAUACCCUGUGCAUCAAUCUUCCUAAACAUAUUCUUGCUGGGGUCCCUCGAUGGUACAUCCUACAUACGAUUCGUGUUCUUUUCAAUCCUCACCAUGCUCAUAUACGUGCUAUACAGUGUCCAUUCAAGCUCCGAUGCAGAAGAAGACGGCUCCCUACGCGUAAAGAACGCGGAGAUUCCGGAAUUAGAAAACAGCUUCAAGGUAUAGAAAAUGUAGAUGGAUUUAAGUUUAUGUGGGCAUUGUUUCUUUUUGUUUACACAAAUUGAAACCAAGUUGUAUGAAAGGUAAAAAGGAAAAGAAUGAGGAAGUUUUGCAAAAGUGGAAAUCAAAGCUGUAAAUAUAAAGCUUGGAUUGUUUGUGGAGUCCCAUUUGAUGAAUUGAGUAAGAAAAAAGAAGCAGAAACCAAACAAAGUGGGUGGGGGGAGGGAUUUUGUUUAUACAAUUGAGUAUCCAUCCACAGGCUUCACGUUGGUUGGGGACUUUUCACAAACACUAAGAAGGGUAUGCCUAUUUUUAUGUAAAGGGAAGAAAGUGGACCCAUUUCUU